GCCGUAUCCGUUAGAAAUUCAAUGUGUGCAUUAGCGUGGUUAGGUCUACAUUGGAACGCACCCACAUACGUACCCGUUCCCGCAACCGUAGGAAUUGAAAUAUUUUAUAUUUUCAUACGUUCAGCCAAUCCUAUUGAAGAAGUUGAAAUUACAAAUCAAAUUCUAAAAAAUCGUAUUAUCAACAAUGAAUGAUGAUCAUAGAAAUUUGGUGCUUUAUGGUCUCAUUACCUAUUCAAUCAUCACGAUUAUGCGACGUGUAAGAAAGAAGCGUGCCAAAAUACGUCGUUGGUGGGUUCGACCAAUGUUGCUGGACCGUAGUAGAUACGGCCACUUCCACAAUCUUUUCAAAUUUAUAAUGAUACACGACAAUGAGUAAUUCUUUAAAUACACACGCAUGACUGUCCAUCAAUUUGAAAAGCUCCAUAACUUUGUGAGAGCAAGGCUAACUAAGUCAAGUAAUCGAAGUCCACUCAGUUCGGAACAUCGCCUAGUCAUCACAAUCUAUUAUCUUGCUCAUGGAGGAAGCAUGCAGCUGACAGCUUGAAGCUUUUAUGUUUCGAAAUCAACUGUGAGCGUCAUCAUUCGAGAGACCUGCCAGGUCAUUUGGGAUGUUUUGUCAAAAAUAUACUUGCAGCCACCAACCACAGAAUUUUGGGAAAAUAAAGCAAUGGAAUUCAACCAGCGUUGGAAUUUACCUAAUUGUAUAGGCGCAAUGGACGGCAAACACAUAAUGAUACAAUGUCCUAAGAAAUCUGGUUCUCAAUACUUCAAUUACAAAAAAACGUUUAGUAUUAUUUUAAUGGCAAUUUGCGAUGCAUAUUACUCAUUCACUCUCGCAGAUGUUGGGGCGUUUGGAUCUCAGAGCAAUGGAGGGGUUUUCAAAGAGUCUGCUUCUGGUCAAGCAAUGGAUAACAAUGAAUUGAGAAUCCCGUGUGAUAAAUCGUUGCCUGGAACCGAUACAAGUUUUCCAUAUUUUGUAGCAGCUGAUGAGGCAUUUCCACUGAAGCGAUACAUCAUGCGACCAUAUCCAGGAAUUAAGUUAACACAAAAGCAACAGAUCUUCAACUAUCGACUAUCCCGAGCACGACGUGUUGUAGAAAAUACAUUUGGUAUUUCAGUGAGUCGGAGAAUUUUUCGUACAAGCAUAAUAGCUGAAGUCGGUACAAUUGAGAGAAUAGUUUGUGCAACACUAUGUUUGCACAAUUUUUUGAAAAAAGAAGAUUCAAUCACACAACCUAGUUAUGGUGCUGAAACUUAUGUCGAUACAUAUGAUCGAGACGGCAAUGUAAUUUCCGGCGAAUGGCGAAAAAAUUACGAGUCACAGAUGCAUGACCUGGGACGCACUGGUUCAAAUCGCUCUGCAAGCUCCGUUGUAAAUUUACAAAAUACUCUGGCAGAUUAUCUUGUAUCAACAGAGGGUGAAGUGGAAUGGCAGUACUCUCACGUGAACAGAGAGCAUAUAUUACCUGGAGGGAGCAUUGGGUACUCUUCUCCAUAAGAGGAAAAUGGUGCAGAGAGGGCAAUGGGUAGAAGACCUGCUCACUCUGUCUCGCUGACCGUGAUUGGCCAAACACCAUUCGGUCACAUGACCAGCCAGGCUUGCAUUUAGUGACUUGCGGUGCCCCUCGAGCUUGUGUUUCGUCGUGGUUUCAAGUCUGUGAAUCGAGGUGACCAAAAUCACGGUGACAAAAUGCAGUGUCCCUACACGCAAAUUGCAAAAAGACGUUCUUGGUGUUGUUGUAGCGGUAAUGGUAAUUGGUAGCGCUGUUAUUGUUGAUGGUGUUGUGUAUUAGAAGCUA